UUAAAAGGGAUCUUGUUUGACUUCUUUCAUAUUAAAUAAUAUUAUUUUCUAAUUUAUUUUAAAAUGAUAGAAAUGAAAGAGAAAUUAUAUUCUCUAAAAUAAAAGUAAAAUAUAGUAAGGACAAUCUUGUAUUUUCAAAAUAGUUUUUCGAAAUACUGAGUAGAAUAGUAAGAAGUGAUAUUAAAUUAUUAUUAACGUAAUAAAUCGGGGUUUUGAUUAAUUAAAGGAAGAAAGAAAGGUUCGUUCGUUCGUUCAUCACACUAAUACGGGGUGUGAUUAAUUUAAUUAAGCAAUUAAUUAAUUAGAGGAUUUGCUAUCGCUACCUCCUCCUAAUCCUGCCUGCUUGACUCCUAUUCCACAACCAAACGCAGAGCUGCUCGUAAUUCGGCAGAAUUCCCGUGGGUAGUUUCGUAAUCUGGGCGGCCGUUCUUUAUGGUAAAGCUAACUAUCAUGCCAAAUACACUUAUACUUUUAUGUUAUAGAAAAGAACUUUUCAGCUUUUCAAAAACCGAGCUUUUAGAGGUGUUUAACCAUGUUUCAGCUUUUGAAAGCAAAAAACACUUCUAAAAGCUGGCGAAACAUAGGGAAAGUAUACACAUGUGUGUUAAAUUAGUGAUGAAAAAUUGACUAUUAUUCUUUUUUCAUAUUGAAAUUAAUAAUAUGUAUUAUAUAUAUAUCAUAAAUAUUUAAUCGUUAAAAUUUUAUAGAGUGUAGUUUAAAAGUUCAACUGUUUAGGAUGAUACAGGUAGGGAUGGCAAUGGGUCGGGUCGGGGACGGAUAGUGCAUAUUCGUUACCCUACCCAAAGUAGUUCGGGUUUUACCCAUACCCAUACCCACAUGUGAAACGGGUAGAAAAUUAAAACCAUGCCCAUACCCGUUCGGGUUUCGGGUAUCCGCGGUUAUCCAUGGGUAAUGAUUUUUCUUCAUAACUGUAACCAAUAUGUUAACAUUCACACGUAUUCUCCCAUUACGUAAGAAGAAAGUACGACAAUAAUUCACUAGAAUGAAGAAAAUUAAUUAAAACAACACAAUUUCAUGAAAAUAUUAUAUUUAUAUGCUAAAUAUAAAAUAUGUUAGAGAAAAAAAAAGAUUAUUUCUAGACAGACUACAUAUGCAUGUGUAUAAUCGGGCGGAUCGGGUUGGAUAGUGAGAAACCCAUGCCCACCCAUUGCCAGCAAUAUUCGGGUUCGGAUUUUACCCAUACCCACUAAAUGUCCUUCGAGUUCGGGUUCACCCUACCCGAUUAGGCUGGUUUCGGGCGGAUAUCCACGGUUACGGAUAUUUUUGACAUCCCUAGAUACAGGAUUACAGGUUAAGCCGAUAUACGAGUCAAGUUGAUAUUUUUUUUUUUUUGACAACUUUUUUUUUUUUUUUUUGACAACGAGUCAAGUUGAAAUAGAGCUCGUCGAUUCGUUAAUAAUGCUAACUCGAGCCAAAGAAGAGUCAAAUUUGCAGCCUUAAUUACAAACUCCGCUACCAGCUUCCUUGCGCGUCCACGUGUAUGCAGUACAUUGGACAGGCUGUCGGGUGGGACAUAAUAAACAAACUCCACCACCAUCCUAUCCUUUGGCGUUGGAACCAAACGCCGGCAAUGGUGAUUGACUCGAUCGGCGGCGUCGACGUCAAACCCACGUCCCGUUGACCUGUAUUUCAUUCCCCUCCAUUUGAAUACACAUUCGUCUCUUUCUCAGUUCCCGUCCUUCACGUUUACAUAAAUUCCGCCUCUCCCCGGCCCGAAGGAAGUCACCGGUUUCUCUCGAAUUCAACCCCACCUCCCCGCCGGCGAUGAAGACUCGAAGCAGCAACAGCGGAAGCACCAAAAUCUCUGCAAAAUGGAUUCCGUUGAUUUGUGCUUUCUGCUUUGCUCUUGGACUUGUCUUCUCUAACAGGAUAUGGGUUCCGUACGAAUCCAAUGGUCAGCAGCUCUUAUCCCAGCGCCGACGUGAACAGGAAGAAUUUCAGGCGGUAUCUGUAGAUUCCACGGCUGCUAAGAAGGGAAAAGAUGUGAUGGAUGAGAUUGUUAAAACCCACGACGCCGUUGAAUCGCUAGACAAGUCGAUUGCUAUGCUUCAGAUGCAAUUGGCAGCUUCUCGGAGUUCUCAGGAGAUGACGAGCUUAAGUGGCAAUGCAGCAGCUACCUCUGUGACUGGCUUGUCACAUGAAGGCGGGCAUCGGCCCAAGGUUUUCAUGGUUAUUGGGAUUAAUACAGCUUUUAGCAGCAGGAAGAGGCGUGAUUCAGUUAGAGAGACAUGGAUGCCACAGGGAGAAAAACUGGUGCAACUGGAGAAGGAGAAGGGGAUUGUUAUCCGUUUCAUGAUUGGUCAUAGUGCAACAUCCAAUAGCAUUCUCGAUCGUGCCAUUGAUUCUGAAGAUGCUCAGCAUCAGGACUUCCUAAGGCUGGAACAUGUUGAAGGGUACCAUGAACUUUCUGCAAAAACAAAGAUUUUCUUUUCCACUGCAGUAGCGAAGUGGGAUGCUGAGUACUAUGUGAAGGUCGAUGAUGAUGUUCAUGUCAAUCUGGGUACACUAGCUGCUACCCUUGCUCGUCACCGCUCAAAGCCUAGGGUGUAUAUUGGAUGCAUGAAAUCAGGGCCUGUUCUUUCGCAGAAGAAUGUCAAAUAUCACGAGCCGGAAUAUUGGAAAUUCGGGGAAGGAGAGAACAAAUAUUUUCGACAUGCAACAGGACAGAUAUAUGCUAUUUCGAAAGACCUUGCAACCUACAUCUCUAUCAACCGGCCAUUACUCCACAAAUAUGCCAAUGAAGAUGUAUCUCUGGGUUCUUGGUUGAUCGGUCUUGAGGUUGAGCAUAUUGAUGACAGGAAUAUGUGUUGUGGGACUCCACCAGAUUGCGAGUGGAAAGCACAGGCUGGAAGUGUAUGUGUUGCAUCCUUUGACUGGAGCUGCAGUGGGAUCUGCAAAUCAGUGGAGAAGAUGAAAUUUGUCCAGGAAAGGUGUGGUGAAGGAGAAGGGGCCGUGUGGAGUGCACUUUUCUGAACGUCAAAGUCUAUUAGUGGUGUUUAUUAGGCAAGCCAGGACUGCUGAAAUUUAUCCAUCCACUUGUGUUUUCGCGCAAUGAAGCAGUUGAGAAGCGAUGAAAGCAGCAAAGUGAUCCUGAAGAUGGAAUGUAAUUGCUAACAAGUCCACCCCAGAAGCAUUGACGAUUCGCAGAGGGCAAAAGGUAGAGCGCGAGCUUGUACAGGUCAUGUUGAUACAGAAUUUGUCUUUCUAGUCACUAGAGUGUUGUUGCUCAUGACAUUGUUACGACUUUAGGAGUUAGCGGGGAUGGAUAGGAUACUUGCAGAACUCUUACCUUGACAGAGCUUGGUUAGAUACUAUUAGUUACGCAUAUAUUUGGCAUACAUGUACAAAACAUUGGAAAUCAACUAUAUUUCUGUACCAGCAAUUGUAUCGUGAUCAGUUUAGUUUGGUAAAUGAAAAAGAGUUGGCGCUGAGGAUAAUCGCUGGUAUGAGGUUAUAAUGUUGGAGAGUUUCACUAACUGAUCUUGCCUUCAACGGUGCUUGGGAAGAAAGAAUGGAACUCUCCAUUUCAGUUUCUAAUUGCGGGUUGAUGGAUUCAGGAGGCUAGCUCCCUACAGACGAGGCACAAAGGUGUUAAGAGAGGUAAAACUAAAGAAGAAGCAUCAGCAAGUUAUCAUCUCCAAUGACAAGAAACGCUCCUGCUUCCAGGAUACCCAGAUUGGCUCAACAGCUACAAUGAAAAGCCACCACCAUCUGCAGUGUCCACGACCAAAAGAUGUAAUGUAAUGCAAGACAGUCUCUUCCGAGGGUCGUCAGUGAUGUGGAGCGAUUAAGUUACCUUUAUCGCUUCCAAUGAAGACUGUGUUUUACG